AUGUCAUCUGAACGACUUCAAGAGGGCCGAAUCAGGCUAGACAGGAAGGCUCGGCAUUUCGAAGAUGAUCUUGAACUUCCACAUAAAACCCGGUCGCUCGAUCACGGUCUCCCGCAUGCACCAGCAACUUCCCACGGGACAUAUCUCGGCGGUCUCAACGAGGAUCUAGAAGACCUCGAAUUCUACCAACUCGGGGGAUACCACCCCAUCCACCUCGGCGACGAACUAGGCCCACCUGGUCGAUAUCGCGUUAUUCACAAGCUAGGCCACGGAGGUUUCGGCACGGUCUGGCUUUGUCGCGAUUCCCAAGCCUCCAGAUACGUGGCUGUGAAAGUGAUGACGGCCGACCUGUCUUCGGACCAAAUUCUAGAUCUUUGCCUCUUGGAAUUAGAUCAGGCAAUUCCCGGCGCCGAUUACAUUGCCCUUCCGCUUGACCGUUUCUCCCUCACUGGACCUCACGGCACACAUCAGUGCAUCGCGCUCCCGGUGUUUGGCCCUCGAGUGUCGCCGGGCUUUUGGCAUUCAAUGGACAUGGACCCAGGUGCAAUCCUCCGAAAAAUGUGUCUCCAGGCUACCCAAGCCCUCAACUUCCUCCAUCAGAACGGGAUAUACUUUCGGCCUGCCAAUAUCCUCGUUAAACUUGCCAACCUAGACGAUCUUAGCGAGAAGGAGAUACUGUCUAUAUUAGGCCAGCCACUAAAGUCGGAAGUUUUGACUGAAAUUGGUAUAGACCACCCGAGAUCUACUCCCCAGUAUCUUGUCCUUCCAAUAGAUCUCACGACCCUGGGCCCGGAAUAUCUAACCGAAGAUAUCUGUCUCAUCGACUUCGGCGAAUCCUUCCGCACCUCGGACCCUCCAACCAAUCUCGGAACUCCCGAAAACUACCUACCCCCGGAGGUCUUCUUACGCGAUGAGCCAGAUAUCGGCCCCUAUACCGAUGCGUGGGCCUUGGGUUGUACCGUCUUCGAGAUCCGGGAGCAGAUCCCUCUGUUCUACAUGACUUACGACGAAGACGAUCUGCUUUACGAGAUGGCCUGCUACUUUGGAAGGCCUCCGCAGAAUUUAUGGAUGCAGUGGGAGGGACGGAGUGACUACUUUGACGCGAAUGGACAGCGGCUUCGUAAAUCUGAUGAGGCCCAGACGUUUGAUAAGGUCCUGGCACAUCGAAUUGAGAUCCUUGGGGAUAGACAGAGCGAUGGGAAGAGGAGAGUGGCGAAGACUUUCAGCGUUCCGGGAAAGGAGCAGUUGGUGUUGAAGGAUCUAUUACUGAAGAUAUUCAAGUAUGAUCCGAAGGAGCGAGCUAGUGUUAAGGAAGUGUUGGAGCAUGAGUGGUUCCGCGUGUGA